UUGCCCAGUUACUGAUUCCCUGGCUUAACAGCAUCAAGUUAAUACUAGUAAUAGCGCAUUAUCCCGCUCUCUAAUUUAUCCGGGCACAAUAUAGAAUGGGACAUCAUACGGGGCGAAUCAUCUACUUGAUUUUAACGAUUUUUGCCGCUUGCAGUGCUGUAUCCCAGGUAUCGAUUCGAGAUGACGAAGUGCAAAAUUUGCCCGGCUUAUCUGCAUCCAAUAAAUCGCAGUCAGUCAUAAUUCCCCAUUUAGCAUCUACUUCCACAGAGAAAAAAGAAGGUACAGAGACAAAGAACGAAUCCAGCGCUGCCGGCGGAAACCUUAGCGCUGAUACCGGCAUGGGAUCAUUGCAAACUUCCGCUCCAUCUCUGAUCAUUCCAUCUCCAUCUGGGAACGUCCAGGUUAGGCUUCCUCUCGGAAACGGAACAAUUAAACUCACUAUCACUCCACAAGUACUAGAAGGAAGUUCUUCGACCAGCAUAAAACUUAAUGGCAGUCCUUUCGAUAACUCGGCCACACUAGCUUCCGGUACACGCAGCACUAAUGUCACAACUGCACAAGACGCUGUGAAGACUUCAUCAACACUGCUCGCAUCCGAUCAUGACCUUAUACUUGUACAACCUGAGGGAAAUACAAUCGGUAACAUUACUGGUGUUCAGCUGCAGACAACUGUAUCAGUUAACGGAAUCACAAUGCCACCAAAGAUUUCCGCUAACAGUACUAAAGAACUCAUUUUACCUGUAAACACCGAUGCAACGCCAGUGAAUUUCCAUCGGUUGCAGUUAGUAAUCGACGCUCAGACACCGGUGUCUUCUUCAACGGGAACUGCAAAUAAUGAGCUACUGAACAACACUUUAUCUGCUGGUGACCUCAUGACAAACCCGACGUUUACAGAACCGCCGUCAGCAGCCACGACCGGUCUUCCUAUGUCUUCCACAAUUAAUGUGAACGGAACAGUCGGUGAAGUUCUCUCUUCGGGAGAUCAAAUUGAGCCCGUUCUACCAACAACGACGUCAAUGAUAGCGCAUAUCGAUGCAAACGACAUGUUUGUCGGGAAACCUGCUUUCUUGGUCCAACCGCUACCGCUUAAAGAAAACCAGAGUACAGUACAGGUUCUUAAUAUACAGUUACAGCAGUCUCCAGUGCCGGAGCAGCUGGACAACAGCACAGUUUUUGGCAGCGGUAAUGCAGUGUUUCCUCCUACGAACAUUAGCGCUGCACAUCUUGGUGCAGCGACAGUCACUGCUGUAAUAACCUUGGGAUCACAACUGCCGGCAGUUGCUACUGUAACAAAUAUCAGCGAAUCCGAGGUAAAGGGUUUUUCAGGACUGAACAGCACUGCCGAUUCUGAAUUGAGAAUAAUGGGUGCAUCCACAAACGAUGCCGCAGACAACCAGACGGUUGCCUUUUUCGCUCCGAUUCCGGAAGAAGGCAUCGAUACGGUCACGGAAAGCGCAGUUUUCGAGGUGGUGCCUGACGUUGCUGAUAACAACGCGUUGGUAGAAGGAGCGAUCAAGGAAGCGCGAGCACUUAAAGGAGCGGGCAAUCAACAAGACGGAGUACAGUUUGCUGCCAACUUCAAGGUACUGACUAAACCCAGCGUUCAGAAUCCAUCAGUAUGGUCUGCGUUGGAUGACCUCCGCGGCAGAGAAAGAAUGGAUGUGACCUCCAUUCAGCAGAUUCUCUCGGCCGCUGUCCCUGGACAGGAUUAUCCGAAUUUGGUAACUAUUCCCGACACCAGUUUCAGCUGUGAACGAGUAAAUCAGCCUGGAUUUUAUGCUGACGCUGACCCCAGUAGCCGGUGUCAAGUUAUUCGCCGCUGCGAUGCAAACUCGAUUCAGUGGAGUUACCUUUGCCCGAAUGCGACACUUUUCAACCAGAUUACCCUUACUUGCGACUGGUUUUUCAACGUCGAUUGUUCCAAAUCAGUGAAUUACUAUGAUUAUUCCAACUCCCGGCUUUACAAUGCAGCAUGGAUAUUUUUGGAUACUUCUAAAGUUUGAUACCCCGCAUUAAAGAAAUUCUUGUAGUUUUCGAGAACAAUUUAUUUAAAUGAUCGUCGAAAUUCUUUUCGCUGUUCUUGAACAAAAAGACUUGUACAGAUAUACUGAGAACCUGUUGCGGACUACCAAUACGAGUAGUGCGCGUUGAUAAUCUUUUCAGCAGCAACGUGAAAUGUACUAAAAGUGCAUAAAAAAA